AUGCUCACUCGCACUGUAGCAACAUUGACCACUCGUCCAAUAUCUCGUGUGCGAUCACGAUGCAUCCACGCGUCGAGCUUUACGCGUCAAGGCAGCAGUGGACUCACCAACAUCAUUGAGGGCGGCAGUGCCGCCAUUCAGGUUAAGACCAUCACGUCGGGGGGUAUUCUACUAGCCGACGGACUCAUACUCCCCUCUGCUUGCAUCUUUCUUGAUAACCGAGUCUUUCUCUGGGAUGUACCGGACAGGCUGUGGGACGGCUGGGACAAGCAACAUUUCGAAGUCUUUGACGUAGUCGUACCCAAACCUGAGAUCCUGCUAUUCGGGACAGGGAAGACGGUGUCUUUCGUCCCGCCAGUCUUCCGUCAGUAUCUCAAUGGGCUCGGCAUACAAGUAGAUGUGAUGGAUACGUGGAAUGCCUGCUCCACAUACAACCUGCUCGUCGAGGAAGGUCGAGAGGUCGCAGCUGCUCUAUUGCCUCUAAGCCCUCGAAGAUGGCAACGCCUCCCAUCGCAGUGA